AUGAGUAAAGGACCAGCCAUUGGCAUCGACUUGGGCACCACGUACUCCUGUGUUGGUGUGUUCCAGCAUGGCAAGGUGGAGAUCAUCGCCAACGACCAGGGUAACCGCACAACGCCCAGCUAUGUGGCCUUCACGGACACCGAGCGUCUGAUCGGUGACGCCGCGAAGAAUCAGGUGGCCAUGAAUCCCACCAACAGUGUGUUUGAUGCCAAGCGCCUGAUUGGCCGCAAGUUUGAUGAUCCGACUGUACAGAACGAUAUGAAACAUUGGCCAUUCCAUGUAAUAAGUGCGGGUGGAAAGCCGAAGAUUCAGGUGGAAUUCAAGGGUGAGACGAAGACCUUCUUUCCCGAAGAGAUUUCAUCUAUGGUACUAUUGAAAAUGAAGGAGACGGCUGAAGCAUACCUGGGUCAUCCGGUGACGGAUGCAGUGGUCACCGUUCCGGCCUACUUCAAUGAUGGUCAGCGUCAGGCCACUAAGGAUGCUGGCACGAUCUCGGGCCUGAACGUUCUUCGUAUCAUCAACGAGCCGACUGCUGCGGCCAUUGCAUACGGUCUGGACAAGAAGGUUGGAGCUGAACGCAAUGUGUUGAUAUUUGACCUGGGUGGUGGAACCUUCGAUGUCUCCAUCCUGUCCAUCGAGGAUGGCAUCUUUGAGGUGAAGUCGACUGCCGGUGACACACAUCUGGGCGGUGAGGACUUUGAUUCUCGACUGGUGAAUCAUUUUGCAGCCGAAUUCAAACGCAAGUACAAGAAGGAUGUGUUGGAGAAUAAGCGAGCUGUGCGCCGUCUGCGGACCGCGUGUGAGCGAGCAAAGCGUACACUGAGCUCGAGUGCACAGGCGAAUGUGGAGAUUGAUUCACUGCUUGAGGGGAUUGACUUCUACACGGCAAUUACGAGGGCUCGUUUUGAGGAGCUGUGUGGUGACCUCUUCCGCAGCACCCAGGAGCCAGUGGAGAAGGCCCUUCGUGAUGCAAAACUGGACAAGUCUAGCAUUCAUGAAGUCGUAUUGGUGGGUGGAUCGACUCGCAUUCCAAAGAUUCAGAAGUUGCUGCAAGACUUCUUCAACGGCAAGGAACUGAACAAGUCGAUCAACCCGGAUGAGGCGGUUGCCUAUGGGGCGGCGGUGCAGGCAGCAAUUCUGUCUGGUGACAAACACGAGGUAGUGCAGGAUCUUCUGCUGUUGGAUGUGGCGCCGCUGUCGUUGGGCCUGGAGACUGCUGGUGGAGUGAUGACUACCCUGAUCAAACGAAAUACGACAAUUCCGACGAAGCAGACGCAGACCUUCACCACGUACGCGGAUAAUCAGCCAGGUGUGCUAAUUCAGGUAUACGAGGGUGAACGAGCAAUGACGAGAGACAAUAAUCUGCUGGGGAAGUUUGAGUUGUCGGGCAUUCCGCCGGCACCUCGUGGUGUGCCGCAGAUUGAGGUGACCUUUGAUAUAGACGCUAACGGCAUUCUGAAUGUUUCGGCGUGUGACAAGUCUACGGGCAAGUCUAACAAGAUCACCAUCACUAACGACAAGGGUCGUCUGUCAAAGGAUGACAUUGAGCGGAUGGUGCAGGAGGCGGACAAGUAUAAAUCGGAGGAUGAAGCGCAACGGAAUCGAAUCGCGGCGAAGAAUGGGUUGGAGAGUUAUGCGUUCUCCAUGAAGGCGACGAUAGAGGAGGAGAAUUUGAAGGAGAAGUUAUCGGAGGAGGACAAGAAGAAGAUAACGGAGAAGUGUGAGGAGACACUGAGCUGGUUGGACGGUAAUCAGACGGCGGAGAAGGAGGAGUUUGAGCACAAGCAGAAGGAACUGGAGGCGGUGUGCAAUCCGAUAAUAACGAAAUUGUACCAGGGUGCCGGUGGAGGAAUGCCAGGUGGUUUCCCGGGUGCAGGUGGCAUGCCUGGUGCGGCUGGCGGUGGCAGCAGUCCUGGCAGUGGUGCUGGCAGGGGUCCAACCAUCGAGGAGGUGGAUUAG